GAGCAGUGUUCCGCGGCGGGUCCGUGGCAGCGAUACAGGAUGCAGGAGCUGGCUCUCCUCUCACUGUUGGCGCUGGCGUCGGCGGCGCCGCAGCGCUACGACAACCGCCUCUCGUACGCCUCGGUCGGCACCCCUAUCGUGCUCGGCUCGCAGUCGUACAGCGGCGGCUCGCCGUCGUACGGCGGCGGCUCCAGCUACGGCGGCGCCCAGCUGCUGCGCGCGGGGCAGUUCGGCUCCGGGUACAACUCAGGCUACUCGGCCGGCGUCAGCCAGAGGCUGGUCACCGGGGGCUCCGGCGGCUACAGCCAGCCGGUCACCAGUCAAAGGCUGGUGACUGGUGCCUCGAGCCGCGCGCCCGUCAUGAGUCAGAGACUGGUGUCGGCUGCGUCCAGCCACGUGAGCUCACCUGUGAGGAGCCAGAGGCUGGUCAGCAGGCCGUCGAGCCAUUCCAGCUCGCCGGUGACCAGUCAGAGGAUGGUGACCGGUGCCUCCAGCCAUGUGAGCUCACCGGUCAGGAGCCAGCGUCUGGUGAGCGGCACGUCCAGUCACAGCAGUGCACCCGUCACCAGUCAACGACUGGUCAGCGGCGGACACAGGAGCUUCGGCAGCCACAGCGGCGCCACGGCAGCUCCCACCCAGCCUCCCAGCAGCGUCUCCAGCUUCUCAGGCAGCUUCUCCAGCUCGCCGAGUUCCUCUAGUCGCUUCUCCAACUCCCGCAGAAACUCCGGAGGAUUCUCCAACUCCCUCGGAUCCUCGGGCUUCUCAAACUCCCUGGGUAGCUCCAGCGGGUUCUCGAACUCAAUCAGGAGCCCCUCCAGUGGAUAUUCCAACUCCCUGGGUAGCGGCUUCUCCAAGCCUCGCUUGAGCUCUUCGCGAGGUUUCUCCGGCUCCAACAGCUUCCCUACAUCUCCCAGCAGCUCCUCUGGUGGUUUCUCCACCUCUCCCAGAAGCUCUACUGCCUUCACUACGUCUCCCAGCAGCUCUACCGCCUACACCACGUCUCCCAGGAGCUCAGUCCCCACCUACUCCACUACUUCAUCCCCUGUGGCAACUUCUUCGGGCUCUGGCGGUCCGCCUCCCUCCUUCCUUACCACACCCUCCCCGCCUCCCUCCACCAGCAGCGGGCUGACGGGACCCAGCUUCCCCAGUGCUCCCACUCGCCGGCCCAGCUUCGUGGGCUCCGGUGGUGGGCCACCCAUCUCUAUCAAACCCCGGCCGGCCGCGGACACCAAGCUGUCGACUGCGUCGACCCCUGAUUUGGGCGACCUGGCGCAGCUUUCGACCACAGAGAGUGUGCCGAUUGGCGGCGCGCGGAGCCAGCAGCCCAUUGGUGGCAUUGACCUCGAGAGUCUGGCCCGGAUGACUGAGGGCGAGCCGCUGACGGCUGAGCAGGCGCAGAUCCUCUUCGAGUCGGAGCAGAUCCACAUGCUCCUUGGAGGCGGACUGGGCGCCGAGCCGAGCGGCGUGAGCAGCGUCAAGCGGGAGACGAACCCGUUCGAGACCGGCUCGUUCGAUAAGAUCAUGAGCGGCCUGUUCGGCAGCGGCUCCGUCCCUCCGAUCUCGCUGCCGAUGAAGUCCCUACCCCCGGGCCUGCUUCCGUCCAGUCCCGAAUUUGCGGGGCGCCCUGUCACAUUUAGCAAAUAAGGUGUGAUUGUGCUCGAGUCAGCUCUCUGUGUGUCGUUUGAUUUGUUUCCAAAUGACAGUGAUUUGUCUUGACAAAUGUGUGUAGCAUUAAUUAAUAAAGUAUUCGAGCAUGUUGUGUUGUAAAGUCAAAUGUCAUGUGAUAAAGAAUACAAAUGAUAUUGUGCAAAGGACGCGACGAAUGUUUUGACAAACAUUGCUUGGACUGUGAAUACCGCCUACUCCUCGCUUAUGGGAGAGCUCAGAGCUAUAUUUCACUUGAGAAGGAAUAACUUUGAACACUGACCCA